AUGCGGGUGAAAACGGACGACGGUAAAGACGUUUACGAUUUAUGGUUUAUCCUUGAAGAAAGGGGUCCCAACAAAGGCAGUGCAAUCGAAGCUUACUGUAAAUGCAAAGGUGGGAGAGAUGGGCGAUGCAAGCACAUUGCAUCUGCAAUGUAUUCUCUUGAAGCUCUUUUAAAUAGUAGAGGUGAAGAGAGUGUAACCAGCAGAAGUUGUCAAUGGAGGCCAAAACCACAAUCAAACAGUGAGCCUUGUGAAAUUAAGGACGUAGUGAUUGAGAAAGGUAAGCUUCCCUCAAAUAAGAAAAAAAAAGAGAAGAUACACAUGGCUUCAGAAUAUUGAUUUUGACCCACGAAACUCACAAGACCAAGUCAAAAAAGAACAUUUUAAAAUUCACAAAAUCAUUGAGCACUUUAGAGUCGCAGAAGGAAAAAUCUUCAGGCAUUCCUGUUAUCUUACCACCCCUACAAAAGCUAUACAUGUCCAGUGAAACCCUACAAGAUCACGCCAGUGAUACUUUACCUCGAGGUACCACAGAUGUGAAAUCAAGUAAACACCAAGGAAUCAUGAAAGAGAAGGUUGAUGAAUACCUGAAGAAAAACAAAGAAAUAACACCAGAGAAUUUUAAAGAAACACUUAUGUUUACAGAUCGUGAAAUAGAGGAGAUUGAUUAA